UUGCUACAAAGAAACUUCGCUGGGAUCAGAGAUCGAAAGCCGUGUGGUCGCUCUAACAAGCUCCAAGAAAACAUCCAUCGUAUCGUCGGCCAAAUAGCUCGAUUUUCUGGUGGGUGUGUUGCUGAAAGCUGUGAUCGGAGAGUGAUGGUGAAGGAAACUGCCUAUUAUGAAGUCCUGGGGGUCAAUGUGGACGCUCCUGCAGCCGAGAUCAAGAAGGCUUACUAUGUUAAGGCAAGGCUAGUUCACCCAGACAAAAAUCCUGGAGAUCCAAAAGCUGCUGAAAAUUUCCAGGCACUUGGUGAGGCUUAUCAAGUUUUAAGCGAUCCUGGGAAGCGUGAAGCAUAUGACAAGCAUGGAAAAGCAGGAGUAACAUCGGACUCCAUGUUGGAUCCUUCAGCUGUAUUUGGGAUGCUUUUUGGGAGUGAGUUCUUUGAAGAGUAUGUUGGGCAACUCGCAUUAGCUUCUUUGGCAUCUAUUGAAAUUGAAGAAGACUCACAAGAUCCUGCCGUUCAUAAGCAAAGAACUCUGGAGAAGAUGCGUGCAUUGCAGAAGGAAAGGGAAGAAAAGCUCGUAGAAAUACUGAAAAAUCGCCUUCAACCAUUUGUUGAAGGUAGAACAGAUGAGUUCAUAAACUGGGCAAGUUCAGAAGCACGGCGCCUGUCACAAGCUGCUUUUGGUGAGGCUAUGCUACAUACCAUUGGUUAUAUUUACACAAGGCAAGCUGCAAGAGAACUUGGAAAAGACAUACGAUUUAUGAAGGUACCAUUCUUAGCAGAAUGGGUUCGGGGUAAAGGACACCAGAUAAAAUCCCAAGUAAUGGCAGCUUCAGGUGCCGUGUCUUUAAUUCAGAUACAGGAUGAGUUGACGAAGCUUAACCAAGGAGAAAACAAAGAAGAGAACUUGCUGAAAGCCAUUGAAGACAAGAAGAAUGUCAUGCUUAAUUCCCUUUGGCAGAUUAAUGUGGUUGAUAUCGAGUCUACGCUAUCACGUGUCUGCGAAGCGGUUCUCAAAGACCCCAGUGUUUCCAAGGACGUUCUGAGAUUGCGGGCCAAAGCAUUCAAAAAGUUGGGAACAGUCUUCCAAGGAGCCAAGGCUCCUUACAGUAGAGAAAACAGCCUGCGACAUGAAAGUGACAAACCAAUCGACAGUGCUUCAUCAUCAUAGUAAUCUGGACACUUAUCAGGGCACCUGCUUCAUUUUGUUGACAUAUAUAUGUCGCAUAUUGGAUAUUGUGGGUUUUGUCUCUACAUCUUCUUAAUUACCUAUUUACUGGUUUUGAGCAAUGUUUUCACUGUUGAUUAAUUCCUGUCCAUCUGUAGUUUGUGCAUGGAUGAUUUAGCAUGUAACUUGCAGUCUAUAAGUUUGUAAGGAGUGAAGUGUUUAGCAGAAAAUUCAAUGACCAAGAAUUCCUAUUUUCAUUACCAA